AGACGUUACGUAAACAUUGGAGGGCGGAGACUUUGUUGAGUGACAGCUACUUUGCCCAAUGACAGUGUCGAGUGACGUCAACCUGUUUAUUUUUAAGGGCGAGUGUUGCAACGUCGAGACAUUCACUUCUACUACAACAGCAAAGACAACAAGACUGAGAAACAUGGAGAAACUAUAUGGGGACAUUUGACGAAGGAGAUCGAAAAAUGACACAUACUUGCUGGAAAAUGAAGCGACACAUCGACGUAUAUCUGUCACCGACAAAUACGCGAAGUCUUUUGGUUUUCGACAAGGAGUAUCAGAAUACGUGAGGAUAUUUCUUAACAUUAUCUCCAUAAUCCGAAGAGGAGAGGAGAGCGGUAAAAAUGGCUACGAUCGUGGGCGCAGCGAAGGGUUCUGAACGGACGGCGAUGGAGAGGUUCGGUAGCGGAGGGAUGGCGCUUCUGCCUUGGACCAAACAGAUGCUCACCGUAUUGUGGGAACAGCUUCGGCUGCUGGUACAGGUCAUUUACUACACCUUCAUUUCAGUUUUCCAGAUGUUCAGGUUUGAGGUUCACGUGAGAAUCACAGAUGAGACAGGUCAGCGCAUCCAGCACAUGAGCACAGCAGCAAACCCGACUGAUUCCUUCCUGUUCUCCUCGCUGUUUGACGGAGACAACACAGUCGUGGUCGGUGGUUCAAAUCCCCUCUCCAACUUCUGUGCUGACGUUGGCGACCCCUUCACCGGGAAAUCCACUGCAGAAGCCCUGCUGUCCAGUCUGCGUGCUGACGAUCUGUGCUGCGGGCUAGUGGACGACUUUGUGUCCAGGACAGCUGGUACUGAAGACGGCAUCUUUCUUGGCCACCAAUCUACCUGGAAAAUGGGCUUUCCUGGUGACUGGAACAUCUUUGUAAGCAGCGACAGCUCUGGUUCAAACGACACUUGCCAUAAAAGUAGUGAGAAAGUCUUCAAACAAGAUAUUUCAGAAGAGGAGAGAGGCUCUCACUGGAGUAGCGAGGAAGACCAGAACAUAAUAGAAUUUGACAGUGAGGAAAGUAAGGCACUUUGGGAGUCUCUGUCAAAAUCUAGUGAUCCUUACAACCCCUUCUUUUUCUCUGCGUGUAUUUCAACAAAUCCAAACAUGGGGAAACAUAAAAGCGAAACGAGGGACAGCAGUGGUACUGACCUUAUGUCAGUGAGCAAGGCCAGUGAGGAGAUGCUGGGGCCUCAGGGCCUGAAUAUCUGGGUCAGUCGCUCUGACAGUGAGAGCAGUUGGAGCAGCUGGGCCAGUUCGGAAGGUUCAAGCCCUGACAUCGACAAGGAGGAGAGCGAGAGGCUUUGGGAGUUCUUCAGCAGUCCUGAAGACCCCUACAAUCCCAUGUGCUUCACUGCUAGUACAGUCAGCAGCACAUGUCCUCUAACCACCCCCACCCUCACAGUCUCCAAACGACAUGCCUCACUCCCCGCACGCCCCACCAAGUCAGACACAGACACUGAGGAGAAGGAGAGCAGCUUUGCUCCUUCAUCUGAGGAUGAUGAAGAAGAGCAGCUGUGGAAAUCUCUCUGUCAAAAAGAUGACCCCUACCACCCUCUCAACUUUCAGGCCUGUCUCCAGAGCUCCCCACCAGCAGCACUCCAGUCUGGAGAGGAGCUAGAUGUCUCUCACGCCCCAAAUCCCCCCACAAAUGGAAAGAAAUGUGAAAAAGAGGUGAAAACACUACAAAAAUCCAGCGCCUCAAAGCCCGCUUUGUCAGAGAGGCGAUUAAAGCAUCACUCCCAUCCUGACAAGACACUGGUGCCCUGGAAAAGACCUGGACAAACACCCCAGUCACCCCUAAAGGAGGAGGAGGAAACCAUGGCCAGCAGCACCCAAAAAAAGGUGAGAUUUUCUCCUCUUGUCCAAGUCCAUGUCAUGCGGACCUGGCCGUUUGCUCGACAGGCAUCACGCAAAGGACACUGGGAAGAAAUGGCGAGGGACCGGGACCGUUUCCAGAAGCGGAUCCGGGACACAGAGCAGGCCAUCGGUCACUGCUUCACCCAGCCCCACAGAGAGAGGGUGCGGGCGUACCUGGAUGGUGCCUUGAGAUAAAAUAAACAAGUCCUGAACACUGAAUGUUUCAUUUCCUUUUUGGAUGAGAACUUGUGAUUGGUUGCAAUGCAACAGUGAUUUUGAUUUAGGCCAGUUAGAAAUUUGAUUUUAGGCCAACUUUAAUGUUUGGUGUCAAGUUGAACAACCUUGUACCUCAAAAGGUUUUAUAUAUUGUGUAAUUGUUGCACUAAUUGACACUUUCUUAUAUUAACCUCAGUGGAAUGUUGUUUUUGUAUGCCUUGUAUACUGACCUAGUAAUGUCACUUAUUUAUGCCCUAUGGAGCUUGUUGUUAUUUUUUACAGUUUUAAAACAUUUGUAUGUCUUUUUUAUGUGUGAAAAAACUGCUGUGGUGACUAGAAGUUAAAGUAGAUCAUGAUGAUAUCAUUAAAAGCAGAGCUUUACAGUACAAAGUGUUUUGAAACAUUUUAUUUAUUUAAGCAUUCCAGUGCAAUUCUAUUCUAAUUUGUUUUUGUCUUGAAUUUUUUACAUGAUGCAACAUAAUGGAAGCCUCUUAGGACCAAGUGUGUCUUUAUUAUACUGACAAGAAAGAUCCAAACACCACGCGACUCGCUCAGCUUCUCCUGGUAUCAUCAUGUAGCUGAAAAAUGUGAAAAUUUAUCUGUAGCAAAUUUGUUAUUAGGUGCUUUGUCAACUCAAUAAACACAAUGUUUGCUGAC